UCCUGUAAUGGCGACCUUGUUCCCAGAAUGCCUCACGGCAUAUCCCCCACGUGAAAGCGUCUCUGGGAUGGCGUUACCCAUGGAGGUCAGACUUCGUCUCUGCGGUCAACUCCAGUGUUACACAGGAACUGGGACCACAGUACGACUGGGUCUAACACGGUCAGAGUUUGUGUCCAGGCUAGAAUCCCUGAGGUCCGCUGGCUGGCUGGACAGACUAACGGUAGCCACGGCAACCCAGUUCACCCUCUACAGCCCCCCCACCAACCUGUUCAACAGUGUGAACCUGAUGGCCGAGAGAUUACCUGGUGGAGCUUUGCACACCUCCGCCCAUGUCCAGUCAGCUAGGGUCUACCAUUCACCUACUGUGUGGGACUACUUCAGUAUGGCAUGUCAGCUCCUUUUCCUCCUCGUCUCUCUGGUCCAGCUCGUCCUCCAGAUCUGUUCUGCUGGAGAGAAAGGCAUGCUGGGAUACUUGAGAGACCCCCAGAGUUGGCUCCAGGUGAGAGAGAACCCCCUCCCUUCUCUCAUACAGUAUAUACAGCAAUACAUUCUCUGUAAAUCUGGGUUUGCUCACUGUAGUUGUCUGAGUUCUCUUUUUAUCGUUUGAUUGUGAUCAAGCUAGCCUCUUCAUACUCAGUCCUAAGCAAACCACACUGAACUUUAUACCCUACAAACAUUUCUCUCAGUAGGAAUUUUCUUUCUGUUUGUUUAGCAAUAAUAGGUCAGUUUGCCCUUCUCUCUGUCUCCCUCCAGGUCAGUAUACUCCUGGUAACCCUUCUCUCUGUCUCCCUCCAGGCCAGUAUACUCCUGGUAACCCUU